GGGAAGCUGCGGGUGCGGGCGACGCCUUAGAACCACAGGCGGCGACUGCGGCCGCAGGUGCCUCACAGGGCACGGUGGCCUAGCUCUGGGCAUCAAAACCCUGGGUCUGGGAACUCAGUCUCCCGAGCUGCUCCUAACCCUGGACACCGAGGUCCCCGGGAGGGAGAGCGGAGCCCUGGGGUCGUCUGAAGAGCAAGUCCACGAGCCCCCUGGGCCGGACAGCGAAGCCCCGGAGCUUGCUGCAGAGCAGGACACGGAGGUCAUCAGGCUGGGCGGCGAGGUCCUGUUUCCCUCCUCAGAGCAGGGCGCUGAGGCUCCGGAGCAAGGCAGCGAAGACCUGCAACCAUCGGCCGAGCAGGACGCAGAGCGCCCCGGGCGGUCCGCAGCUGCAGGCUCUGAGAGUCCCGGGCCAGGUAGCGACGACCCUGGGCUAUCUGAAGUACAGAGCGCGGAGGUCCCGGGGCAGUGCUCAUCUCCUGGCCCUGAGACCUCCUCCUCCUCCGGGUCAGGCCCGGAAGUCCCCCAGUUGCGUUUUCCACUGAGUCCUGAGGCACCCCAGCGGCUCGCCGCGGAGCUGCUCAUGGAGACGCCCAUCGAGCGCGAAAUCCGCCGCAGCUGCGAACGCGAGGAGAGCCUGCGCCGGAGCCGGGGCCUGAGCCCGGGCCGCGCAGGCCAGGAACUGGUCGAGCUGCGCGUGCGGCCGGUGCUCAGUCGCCCGGGUCCCGGCCCCGCGCUCCCGCGCGCCUUGGAGCGCGCGCGGGCGGGCGCAAAGAUGCAACGAGACAUCGAGCGGGAGGCUCACCGGCAGGCGGCGCUGGCUUGCUCCGCGGCCCCUGAGCGGAGCGCCCAUUCGCCGCCACAGCCGCUGGGCGAGCUCAAGCGCUACUUCGAGGCCGCCGCGGGGAGCAACUCCACGGCGGCCGCGGAGGGCAGCGCGGGCUCACAGCGGCUGCCGGAGUCUGAAGGCCGGCAGCGCUCAGCCGUGCACGGCCGGUGCCCAGUGCUGGCCCGCGCCCCGCCGCCUAUCGCACCGUCACUGCUGGAGCAAGAGGUGCGCGAGGUGCGCGAGCGCGAGCGGGAGUUGCAGCGCCUGAGGCGCAGCGUCUACGGUACCACUGAGUUCAAGGAGCCCGCGCCCAGCCUCACGGCGAGCAGGGGCGAUGGAAAAUUGGCAGUGAUCUGGCCCCCCCGCAGAAAGGCUUCGGAGAACGGCCUGGAGAAGGAGGAGCGUAAACCUUGAAGUUUGAAUGGACUGAGACCCCUGACUUGAAUUAACGUACUGGUCGGAGGACCGGGGCAGGGACACCCAGCAGGUCUUCCCUGACCCCCACCCCGUCCCAGCUUUGGCAGAAGGCCUUAAGAGGAGUAAACUCUCUGCACUGGUGAACUUGAAAUCGACCAGCCCAAUCUGGAUCUUCCUUCACUUUGUGAAACUGACCAGCCCCCUCUAUAAAAUUGUUUGGUCUCUACUAGGAAACUGACACCAUCCACAAACCGUGACUGUCCAGCCCUUUUUAAUCUAAUUGAACUAACCUGUCUAUUGUUAGACGGCAAGGGUCACCGCCCUCUUCCCCCGCCACCAGGCAAUAAAGCCCCUUUUUCCUGGGCAGUGCAAGCUGGUUUCUUUUCAGUUCUUUUCGUCUGGGGUGGGGGGAGCUAGGCGGACAGAGAGAGGCCUGAGAAAGCCGCAGGAGGCGUCGGCCGGAAUGCCGGAAUGCACACUUAUCUCCCUGCCGCCCAGCCGCCCGGCUGCUCAGCUGCCCGCCUGCCAGCCUCCCUGACCGGGCCUCCCAGCCUCCCCCGGCCAAACCCACCUGGCCCGGGUCCUACUGCCCCCUGGCGGCCCAGUCACAAAAUGUGGCUUUAACUAACUCAUGGGGCUGCAGUUCUAGACUUCAACUUUUAUUGGUGGUGACAACAGCGUGCUACGCUCUGGACGCCGGCUAGACAGAGGUGAGGAUAUGAGGCUGUUCCUUUUCUGCUGAUGUAAAUGGUAGCUGGAACAACAACAAAAAAGGAGGAAUGAGAUCCAAGCUCGUCUUUGACGUCAGUAGUUCCUGAUAAUCAUCCUUCUGUACUUCUUUCCUCACUGUGAAUGAGCAAGUCAGUGAGUGAGGUCAGAAUUUCUGCUUUCCAAAAGCAACUGGAAGCCAGACGCAGUGGUGCGAGCCGGUAGUCCCAGUUUCUCCAGGGGCUCAGGUGGGAGGAUCACUUAAGUUCAGGAGUUCAAGACCAGCCCAGGCAAGAGAGGGAGACCCAGUCUCAAACAAAGUAAUAAACAAAAGCAACUGGAACCCAAUUAUUUUAAAAGAAACCUAGGGACUGAGAGUAGUUCAGUGGUAGAGUACUUACCUAGCAUGUGGGAUGCCGGGAUUUGAGCCCCAGCAUCACAUUAAAAAAAAAAAAAAAAAUCUACUGAACUUUUGAGAAUUGUGACUAUUUAGAAAAACCUUUUAAAGGUGUGCAGGAGGGAGGAAAGAAGAGUGGCAAGCAAUACCUGUUUUCAAUAAGGCCUGUGGCUGUCGAUUUGCAAGCCCUGGUUAAUUUCAUUCCCCUAGGUGGGGUUCAAGAGUGUCAGUGAACUCUCUCAGAUGUCUGCAAAACUGUAUCGACGCAGCUAAUAUUUUUUGGCCAUAGUUUUACAGCUUCUCAGAAGUGUGCUGAGACCAACGAAGGUGAGGCUCAGGAAUAUUUUAGAAUUGAUUUAAACUCUUGGAUCUGCCCAACUCUAUCCCAUGCAUAGGGAUGGCAAAGAUCUAGUGAAAUAUGAAUGAAUAAAACCCAGGUACUCAGGAGGCUGGGGGUGGGGAGGGAAAGGCUUAUAGGCUUUGCACUCAAGUCCAAGUUCAAGUUCAGUCCAAGAAAGGCCAUCCUCCUGUGCCCAUGAUGCACACACUGACUACAUGCUUGACCAUGACUUUGGAAAAUGUGGAGAGAAAGGUAGCAGAGACCCAGGAAUGCCAAGAGGGGAAAU